UAUACAUUAAUUGAUUAUGAUUGAAAAGAAUGUUUUUAGCUAUGAGUUUCUUAACUACUCUCCGAAAAAGUUUGAUGAAUGAACAGCAAGUAUAAUUAGUGGAAAAGGAUAAAGUAAGAGAAAGCUAAAAUGAACAAAAUAAAAUAUAACUUUGUUUGACACGUUAUCCACUAACAUUAGUAGUGAAUUUGCGUAGGUGAGCAGUUUUUUGAAAUUUCGGUGCAAUCAUACAUUUCCUUUGGGUGAAAUAAAUUUUGGUGAAAUAUUAGUACUGGAAUUGGCUUUUGGGUCCCGGUGGUUGGUGCAGAGUUGGUCUUCAAUCAUUUAAACAGUAUCUAUGGUGUUAAGAAUAUGAAAUUUUCUUUGACAUUAAUUGAGUUGAGAGCAUCAAUUAGUUUGAAGUUAUCUACUUUUCAGAAAGCAGUAUCUAUGGAGAUACUGCUACUCUUUUUCUUAAUCACUACCUAUGCUCUUGGAGCAUUCUCAUUCUCAGAGGAGUUUGAUCAUUAUCCUUUUCCAUCCAACUUUCUCUUUGGCACUGCUUCUUCUUCCUACCAGUAUGAAGGUGCUUACUUGAGUGAUGGCAAAGGUUUGAGCAACUGGGAUGUCUUCACUCAUAAACCAGGUAGUACUCAUGAUGGAAGUAACGGUGAUGUUACUGUUGAUCAAUAUCAUCGGUAUCUGGAGGAUGUUGAUUUAAUGGAAGCUAUCAAAGUCAACAGCUACCGGUUUUCAAUUUCAUGGGCACGAAUUCUACCAAAAGGUAGAUUUGGAGAAGUCAACUUGGCUGGUAUUGACUACUAUAAUAGGCUUAUUCACGCUUUGCUACUCAGAGGGAUCCAACCGUUUGUUACAUUAUUUCACUUGGAUUUCCCUCAAGAACUUGAGGACAGAUAUGGAGGUUGGCUAAGUCCCCAAUCACAGGAAGAUUUUGUAUUAUUCGCAGACAUAUGUUUUAAAUCCUUUGGUGACAGAGUUAAGUACUGGACCACAUUCAAUGAACCAAAUCUCCAAGUUUCACUAGGUUACCGAAAAGGCAAACACCCGCCAUGCCGCUGCUCCGGCAAAUUUGGAAAUUGUAGCGAGGGCGAUUCCGAGAAGGAUCCCUUUGUAGCAGCCCAUAAUAUUAUCCUAUCGCAUGCAGCUGCAGUUGAUAUUUAUAGAAACAGAUACCAGGCCGAGCAAGGAGGACAAAUUGGCAUUGUCGUACACGUUGACUGGUUUGAACCAUAUAGCAAUUCGGUAGCAGAUAAACUAGCUGCUGAAAGAGCUCAAUCAUUCAGCAUGAACUGGAUCUUGGAUCCAAUCUUCUUCGGCAAGUACCCAAAAGAGAUGGAGGUGAUUUUAGGAAGCACGUUACCCAAAUUUUCCAGUAAUGACAAAGCAAAACUGAAUCGAGGACUCGAUUUCAUUGGCAUCAAUCAUUAUGCAGGUUACUAUGUUAAAGACUGCAUAUCAUCAGUGUGUGAGUCUGGGCCAGGAACCUCCGCAACAGAGGGUUUAUACCAACAAACUGCACAAAAAGAUGGUGUCCCAAUUGGAGAGCUUACUCCGUUUGAUUUUCUCAAUGUUUACCCACAAGGCAUGAAGAAAACUCUUACCUAUGUGAAGGACAGGUACAAUAACACUCCAAUGUUCAUUACUGAGAAUGGAUAUGGCAAUUUUUAUGAUCCAAAUAACACAAAGGAAGAAUAUCUUAAUGAUAUUAAAAGAAUAAACUACAUGUCUGGUCACUUAAAUAAUCUGGGGGAAUCAAUAAGGGAAGGAGCAGAUGUUAGAGGAUACUUUGCCUGGUCCUUGCUUGACAACUUUGAGUGGCUAUAUGGUUUUACAGUGAGAUUUGGACUUUACCAUGUUGAUUUUGCUACACAGAAGAGAACUCCAAAAUUGUCAGCUAGUUGGUACAAACAUUUCAUUGAAAAGCAUAAAACUGAGAGCAUUAUUCCUGAACAUGACAUGGAUACGAGAAACUGGAACAAACAAUUCAAGGCAAAUAUGCUUAGAACCGUAGGCUCAGAGGGUAGAAUGAAAAACUUGGAUUAACUUGUGUCAUUGUCCCUUGACACCAACGUUUCAUUCACAACAACCUUAAUUUAUUCUCUCUUCAUUUCUUUUUCUUGUUGACAACAAGAGUGUGACUUCCGUCCCAAAAAUAUUAAACCUUCCAUCUUUAAUUAUAAGCAUCUUUGAAGAA